AUGGCUCCAACACCUCUUCAUUCCUGCUCUGGGCUCCUUGGACUCCGCUUCUCCCAUGUCCUCCUUGCCUUCUGGUGCACCUUUGUGGACAGUGGCUCUGCCCUGACAGUGAUCCAGACUCCAAGCUUUGUCAAUGACUCAACAGGGCAAAGUAUUUCCUUCCACUGCUCCGUUGAUAACACAGACUAUCAUUUCUCUUGGUAUCGCCAACUGCCUGGGAAGUCAGAACUUGAAGUCCUUGGGUAUCUCUACACUUACAGUACAACACUUGAAGAAAUUCCACCUGAACUGAAGGGUCGGCUGGAAGGAAAGGGUUCCAAGCUUGAUAACCCACCUAGGCGGGAAAUGCGUUUGGAAUUGUCAAAACUUCAGGCGAAUGACACAGGCUUCUAUCUCUGUGCUGCGGUGAACACAGUGAAAGAGAAAGGAACAGUGGCAGGUGCAAAACUGAGUAUCAGGAACAAAUCUGCCCUUUACACUUUUCUACUCCUAUCAGUCUUUUACCUGACAUCCAUGGGUAACCCUGUUCUACAUCCUAGUGGUCUCAUAUUUAAAACAGCCUUUGGUCAAUUUAUGCCUUUUGGAUGCCCAGAACUGCCCAUUUUUACAUGGGCUGUGAGCCGCUGCAGCAGCAGCAACAGCAGUUAUGGGCUUGGUUUUCAAUUCAAGUUUGCUCUGCUGCUGCUCUCUGCAAGUUAA